UCCCGAGGCAACGCACCAACCAGCCCAGGCAGCUCAGCCUCGGGUCUCCCCUCUCCCUCUCGCUCCCUCUCUCUCUGGGACGGCCCUUGGUCUUCGUGUGCUGCUGCCCGCGUUGUCGGGGAGGCGCCGCCACGCCGCGCACCUAGCACCGCCGCCCGAGCAAGUAGGUAGUAGCAGGUUUCUGCCAAGAACCACCAGGCCAGCCGGCGGCGGCGCCAUCUUGCUGGCAGCGCCGCGGCGCGGCGCCUCUGCCUGCUCCAUGCUUGAGGAGCAGUGAAGCUCCCGCGUGGCCGCGCGACCAUGAAGCCGUCCCCGGCGAGCUCUGGUGUCGCCCCAGCGGCCGCGGCCGCCUCCGCCGGCGGGGCGCCACCCGAAGGGGAGCGGAAGGCGCCGGCAAUCAACGCUGACCUGUGGUACGCCUGCGCGGGCCCGCUCGUGUCGUUGCCGCCGGUGGGCAGCCUCGUCGUCUACUUCCCGCAGGGCCACAGCGAGCAGGUUGCAGCUUCUAUGCAAAAGGAUAUUGAUGCUCAUGUGCCAAGCUACCCAAAUCUUCCCUCGAAGUUGAUAUGUCUUCUUCACAGUGUUACUUUGCAUGCCGAUCCAGACACUGAUGAGGUGUAUGCUCAGAUGACUCUUCAGCCAGUGAACACAUAUGGAAAAGAGGCUUUACAGCUAUCUGAGCUUGCACUAAAACAUGCAAGGCCACAGAUGGAGUUCUUCUGUAAGACACUUACUGCAAGUGAUACAAGUACACAUGGAGGCUUCUCUGUGCCUCGCCGUGCGGCAGAGAAGAUAUUACCUCCACUGGACUUCAAUAUGCAGCCUCCAGCUCAAGAACUGCAAGCCAGAGACAUACAUGACACUGUGUGGACAUUUCGCCAUAUAUUUCGAGGUCAGCCCAAACGGCAUUUACUAACUACUGGCUGGAGCCUUUUCGUGGGCGGCAAGAGACUAUUUGCUGGUGAUUCUGUCAUUUUUGUUAGGGACGAAAGGCAGCAACUUCUAUUGGGAAUCAGGCGGGCUAGCCGACAACCAACUAAUAUAUCUUCUUCAGUACUUUCAAGUGACAGCAUGCACAUAGGAGUUCUCGCUGCAGCGGCCCAUGCUGCUGCCAACAAUAGCCCAUUUACCAUAUUUUACAACCCAAGGGCUAGCCCUACUGAAUUUGUUAUCCCGUUUGCGAAAUACCAGAAGGCAUUGUACAGUAACCAGAUAUCUUUAGGAAUGCGAUUCCGGAUGAUGUUCGAGACUGAGGAAUUAGGGAUGAGAAGGUACAUGGGUACUAUAACUGGGAUAAGUGAUCUAGAUCCUGUACGAUGGAAAAACUCCCAGUGGCGCAACUUGCAGGUUGGCUGGGAUGAGUCUGCAGCAGGUGAAAGGCGGAACAGAGUUUCAAUGUGGGAGAUUGAACCAAUUGCUGCUCCUUUCUUCAUAUGCCCCCAGCCUUUCUUUGGUGUAAAGCGCCCUAGGCAAUCAGAUGAUGAGUCAUCAGAGAUGGAAAACCUUUUCAAGAGGACAAUGCCUUGGCUUGGUGAGGAAAUAUGCUUAAAGGAUGCUCAGACCCAAAACACCACAAUGCCUGGUCUGAGCUUGGUUCAAUGGAUGAACAUGAACAGGCAGCAGAGCUCCACAUUAGCUAAUACAGGCAUACAGUCUGAGUACAUACAUACUCUAAGUAACCCUGCCAUGCAAAACCUUGGCGCCACUGAGCUUGCAAGGCAGCUCUAUGUGCAGAGCCAUCUCCUGCAACAAAACAGUGCACAGCUUAAUGCUUCCAAGCUCCCUCAGCAAAUGCAGCCUAUCAAUGAGCUGUCCAAAGGAGUACUAUCGUUUAAUCAACUUGAUGCCAUAUCCAAUCAAGAACAGAAACAAGAAGCUGGCAACCAGCAGAGGCAGCAGCAGACUGUUAGCCAAGCAAUUCCUUUAAGCCAGGCUCAAGCCACUCUUGUCCAGGCCCAGGUAAUUGUCCAGAAUCAGAUGCAGCAGCAGCAGCAGCAGCAGCAGCAGCAACAACAACAACCACAACAGCCGUCUCCAACUAAGAACCAGCAAGGGACCAGUAAUCAACAGCUGUUUCUUUCCCAGCAACAGCAGGACCAGAAUUUGCAACUGCAGCAGCAACAGCAGCUUUUACUUAAGCAACUGCAGCGGCAGCAGCAGCAUAAUCAGCAGCUAAAUAAGUUGCCUGGUCAGCUCAUGAAUAUGGCUGGUCAGCAGACUCAACUGUCUGACCAGGAACUUCAGUUGCAGCUCUUGCAGAAACUACAGCAGCAGUCACUCAUUUCACAGCCAGCAGUUACACUCUCACGAUUACCGCUAAUACAGGAACAGCAGAAGUUACUUUUGGACAUUCAGCAGCUAUCGAGUUCUCGUUCACUUGCCCAGCAGCGGAUCACGCCUCAGCAAGAUAGCAAAGUUUCACUGCAAGCAUCAUCGGCCCCACCACCAAUGAAGCAAGAGCAACAGCAGAAGCUUUCACAGAAACAAGUUGCACUUGCAGAUGUGUCAGAUGUUGCCUUUCCACCGAUCUCAUCAACCAAUGUUGCUGGGAAAGCUGGAAGCCCGUUGAUUAUUCCGGGUGCUGCACAAUCUGUACUAACUGAGGAAAUUCCUUCUUGCUCCACAUCACCUUCUACAGCUAAUGGAAAUCAUUUGGCACACCCAACCACUGGCAGGAACGAGCAUUGCAAAGUUAACAUAGAGAAGGUGCCUCAGUCAUCUGCUCUGAUGUCGAUUCCAACAUCUGUUGAAGCAGUAACAGCAGCUCCAAUAAUGGGCAAAGAUUUGUCAAAGUUGAACCAUAAUGUGAAGGGGAAUGUGAUCACCUCAAAGUCACCGACUAGUGGGACUGGUCCUGACAAUCUUUUGAACAACGUACCAUCAACAGACAACCUGGAAACAGCUUCAUCAGCAACUUCAUUAUGGCCUACCCAAACAGAUGGACUUCUGCAUCAAGGCUUCCCCACUUCUACCUUCAAUCAGCAGCAAAUGUUCAAAGAUACACUUCCAGAUGUGGAAAUUCAAGAUGUGGAUCCGACUAACAAUGCCUUCUUUGGGAUAAGCAAUGAUGGUCCGUUGGGCUUUCCUAUGGAAACAGAAGGCUUGUUGGUAAGUGCAAUUAAUCCUGUGAAGUGUCAGACUCAUAUGUCAACUGAUGCUGAGAACAAUUACCAUAUACAAAAGGAUGCUCAGCAAGAGAUUUCAACUUCCAUGGUUUCACAGUCAUUUGGUCAUUCUGAUAUAGCUUUUAAUUCCAUUGAUUCUGCAAUCAACGAUGGUGCCCUGUUGAACAGAAAUCCUUGGCCCCCUGUACCUCCACCACAGAGAAUGCGGACAUUCACCAAGGUCUACAAACGUGGAGCUGUAGGCCGGUCAAUUGACAUUGGUAGGUACUCUGGGUACGAAGAAUUGAAGCAUGCUUUGGCCCGCAUGUUUGGUAUUGAGGGCCAACUUGAGGACCGACAGAGAAUAGGCUGGAAGCUAGUCUACAAGGAUCAUGAGGAUGACAUCCUACUUCUUGGUGAUGACCCAUGGGAGGAGUUUGUGAACUGUGUGAAGUGCAUUAGGAUCCUAUCCCCUCAAGAAGUGCAACAGAUGAGCUUAGAAGGUGACUUGGGGAACAAUGUCCUCUCCAACCAGGCUUGCAGCAGCUCGGAUGGUGGGAACGCCUGGAGGCCUCACUGUGACCAGAACCCAAGUAACCCUUCCAUUGGCUUCUAUGACCAAUUUGAAUGACCUGAUCAUCAACAAAAAUGGAUAGACGAGGAGUACGGCUGCAAAAAGCCAGCAGUGUUCAGCCGUCAACAAAAUUAUGACCUGGAAGAGUUAUGCCGUGCAGAAUGUUGUAGAUGUCUAGGCUUUUAUAUCUGGGAGGGCAAAUGCUCCGCAGAUUAGGUUAUGUUUUGGAUAUAUGUGUAGCUUUCUCGGUUAAAACAAUGCAGGCAUGGGAAUGUAACUUACCUAGAGCUGUGGUGUGUCAGACUUCAGACAAAGGGUUAGACAAAAUCUGAACAUCAGAUAGAGGGGGUAGCAGAUCUGAAGAUAAAAUAUUUGGUGAAGAACAUUUGUACUGAACUGCUGCAGGGUUGCUUGAAACCCAUAUAGCAUAAUCAGUCUCAUUUCAGAAAACAAUGAUGCAGAUUUUGAGGUUCUACUGAUUAGGAGUAUGUCUCGUAUGAAUUUCC